UAGUUAGUGUGCAGUAAACUCUCUACUUUAGUUAGUGUGCACUAAACUCUACUAUAGCUAGUGUGCACUAAACUCUACUUUAGUUAGUGUGCACUAAACUCUACUAUAACUACUGUGCACUAAACUCUACUUUAGUUAGUGUGCACUAAACUCUACUUUAGCUAGUGUGCAUUAAACUCUACUUUAGUUAGUGUGCACUAAACUCGACUAUAGCUAGUGUGCACUAAACUCAACUUUAGUUAGUGUGCACUAAACUCUACUAUAGCUAGUGUGCAGUAAACUCGUUUGUUGCUGUUGUAAUGCUGCUGUUUGUUCUCCAGGGGGCCUCAUCAGACUGCAGGUAUAUCGCCUCACAGGGGCCCCUCGGCUCCACGCUGAUUGACUUCUGGAGGAUGAUCUGGGAAAACAACGUCAAGGUGAUAGUCAUGGCCUCCAGAGAAAUAGAAAUGGGAAAGAAGAAAUGUGAGUGUUACUGGUCUCCAGUUCACCAGCCGGCUUCAUUUGGACCGUUUACUGUCUGCAGCCAGGAGGAGACACGUCCUGAUGAAGACAUGGUGGUCAGAGUUCUGACUGUCUCCUACCAGCAGGUAACAGCUUCAUCACAUUGGAUUAGAUUAUAAUAAAAUACACUAGAUUAGAUUAUAAUAAAA